AAAGAAAAAGACAGGAUGCACAGCCUGAGGACUAUGUGACAACGUAUCUCUGGAUCUAAUUUUCAAAAACACAGAAGAAAAGAAAGAAUAAAAACAGGGAGAAAUUAAAAAAAAAGCACCUACCUGUGGGAAAUAACAAAAAAUGGCCACAGAUUCUUUCCAUGCUGCUUAUGCUGCUGUGGCCCCGUCUGUGAUCCCCAUGUCGCCGUCAACAGGAAACCUGCUGAGGAUGUUUCGCGAGUACCAGAGCAACGCCGUCAUCAUAGAGCACUACAACUACACGGGCAAGCUGAAGGAGAACAAGUACAAGGAAGGACUCAAACCUGAGGCCAUAGCUUUCCUGCUGGUCUGUCUGCUCAUAGUUGUAGAAAACGCCGUGGUGCUGGUGGCCAUCUGGAAGAACAAGAAAUUCCAUCUGCCCAUGUACUACUUACUGGGCAACCUGACUCUCUCCGACCUGCUGGCGGGUUUCACCUACAUGGUAAACCUCAUAACAUCAGGUGCCAACACAUUAAACAUGACCCCGGUGCUGUGGUUCCUGAGGGAGGGGGGUGUGUUCAUCAUGCUGGCCGCCUCCGUCAUCAGUCUGCUGGCCAUCGCCAUAGAGCGCCAUGUCACCAUGGUGAGGAUGAAGCCGUACCAGGGGGACAAACAGGGGCGGAUGUUUGCUCUGAUUGGAGCGAGCUGGGUGUUGUCUGUGUUCCUGGGGGUCCUGCCCGUCCUGGGCUGGAACUGUAUGGGACAGCUGGACCAGUGCUCCACCGUCCUGCCGCUCUACGCCAAGAGCUACAUCCUCUUCUGCAUCACCAUCUUCAGCGCCAUCCUCAUGUCCAUCGUGGUGCUGUAUGUCCGCAUCUUCCGUAUUGUCAAGUCCAACACCCAGCGCCUGGCCUCGGUCCCGCAGCGCAAAGGCCUGUACCGCAAGUCCCAGAAGUACAUGGCCCUGCUGAAGACCGUCACCAUCGUCCUGGGAGUCUUCAUCGCCUGUUGGCUGCCCCUCUUCAUCUUCCUGCUGCUGGACUUCUGCUGUCCAGCCAAGAGCUGCGAGGUGCUCUUUAAGGCGGACUACUUCCUGGGCAUCGCCAUGUUUAACUCCCUUCUGAACCCCAUCAUCUACACCCUGACCAGCAAGGACAUGAGGAGGGCCAUCCUCAGGCUGCUGUGCCGACCCUGCCUCUUGACAAAAGACGGACAGGUGAAGAAGAUCGGGAUCCCCUUCCUGGAGUGCAGCACCAGCAAGACUGACGCAGCCUCCCACAGACUGGAGGGACUGGAGACCACGGUGUCCUCCGGGAACUUUACACCAUCUACUAUCAAAGCCAUUUACCCCAGGAUGUGUAAGACAUGACACAGCGGCUCUGAGUGACUUUGCCCUGAGAGCAAGCAUUAAGACUAAGAACUGGACCGCUGAAACAGGCCGGCCGCUUCCCUCUGAACUGAGCUGCACACGCCACAGUCUCAGUAUUAUUAAUCUUCACGAGCAGCAAAAGCUUGAUGUAUGUGAAAAAAAUGUCCACAUUGGGAGAAAGAUAUGAACUUUUUUUUAUUUUUACAUUUCCUGUGUGUAUUUCUAAAAACAGUGUGAUCAUGAAAAACAUUGUUGUCCACGCCUCAACAGUAGCUAGACGUGUCUCUUGUGAAAAACUCGCACGACAGUUGUCUGCGAGACAAAACAGGGCCAGUAUCAGUCAGAGGACAUUCCUUCGGCUAAGAUGUCGUUUCACUCCAUGAAAUCAAAGACUGCGUGCAGAUGUUUCACAUAAACGCAGCCAAUUACGCCGCACAUCUGAUAGACCAGGCCUGAAGCCCGAGCGUCACAUUUAUCCUUAUCUCCUCUCCCUGUGUAACAUAUAAUGAUAUGUUGUUACAUACACGGAGCAUCCACACCCAAACUCUGCUGCCAAAACCAUGUAAUUUCUGCCAUGUGAGUCUUGGUCAGCAGCGACGCUGGGUAGAGGCCCCCCCUCCAUCCCCCCCCACCAUCACCACCACCGACAUCAGAGGCUCGGAGACGCACUGAAGACGUCAUAUGGAGGGUUGUGCAGGGUGGUUUGCAGCUUUGGAGGUCCCCUCUACAUAUGUAGCCACACAUGAUGAAUGACUCGAAGCAAUGAAAGCUGACAGUGGAGGUUUGUUGACGCCUUCUCGGUUUAACAAACUAGAAUAUUACAGUUUUAUGUUGGAACCGAACUUGUGGGCAAAAAAAAAAAAAAAGAGUCUUCUUCUUGGGAAAAACUUCAUCUUCAUCUUAUCAAUGAUGUUAAUCUACUUUCUCGUGAAGGAGAGACAGAACCAGAGUUUGUGGGCUUCAAAGUAAUGGGGAAGUUCAUUGUGGUAAUAGUGACAUUAACAUGGACACUUUCCUAAUUGUAAUAUUGUACAAUAAUGUAAAGAGAACAAAAAUAUAUUUACUGAUUGUUUUUAGUAUACUUUGUAAAUAUCUAUAGCUGUUUCUGAGCUCUACGUUUUUUGUAUUGUAAAAACCUCAUUUAAGUUAUGAUGUAAGUUUUAUAUGUGCACUGAAAUAAACGUGUGAAUGAUGUUUACAUAGA